AUGCGUCUCUUUGUGACUCUUUGCUCGCUUCUGGUCUUGGCUCAAGCCAAGCCACAGGGCUACAACUAUGGCAGCGGCGUCUCUGGCACUCUGACGACAGCGGGCGGUGGCAGCAGAGGAUUCCUCACUGCACCCAGCACCGGCAGCAACAAUGUGGCUACAUAUGGACCACUGGGCGCCUUCCAGGGCGCCAGCGUUGGCUCACUGCGCGGCACUGGCUCUGGCUCCGGCUCUGGCUCUGGCUCAGGCUACUUCGCUGGCUCCGGCGGUUCUGGCUACGGCGGUUCUGGCUCUGGCUAUAGCAGCAGCUCAUCAACCACCAACUAUGGCGGACGCAGCUCCUCUGGCUAUGGCGGCGCCAGCUAUGGCGGCUCCUCUGGCAGCGGCUUUACUGGCUUUGGACCCUCGCCCAACAUUGGCUUUGGCGGACUCGCUGGAUAUCAGGCGCCCAGCGAUCAGCAACAGCAGGAGGUGGACCAACAAGUUGGCUUUGAGGCGCCACUUGUGCACAAACAAUUCAUAACGGUCGCCGCGCCGGAGGAUAAUCAGAGUCUGGAGCGUGUCAAGCACUUGGUGAUUGGCCGUCCACAGAAGAACUAUCGCGUUGUGUUCAUCAAGGCGCCAUCCUCGAGCAACGCCAAUGUUAAAUUGUCGGCCGAGUAUGCACCCAAGGAGGAGAAGACUGUCAUCUAUGUGCUCAGCAAGAAGGACUCCACGCUGGAAGUCAACGAUAUUGCCACACCCGCGCCCACAAUUCCCAGCAAGCCCGAGGUCUUCUUCAUCAAGUACAAGACAGACGCAGAGGCCCAGCAUGUCCAGCAACAGAUUCAGGCCGAAUACGACCAAAUCGAGGGCAGCUCGGAGCACACAGAUGGAGGCGUGGCACCCGCACAGUCUGUCGUCGGCAUUCUCGGUGGUCACAUUAGCAGCAGCGGCAGCUCUGUGAACACCGGCAGCUAUGGAACCGGUGCCAGCCAUGGACUCAUCAGCGGCGGCAGUGGAGGCAUUGGUCUGAACACCGUUCACAAGGCCGCUCAGUCCUCCACGUACUUGCCACCUAGCCACUAGUUGGGUUUCAGCAGAAGUUAACGAAUUU